AUGUCUCGAAGAAAUGAAGAUUACGAUGAAUAUUGUGACCCUGAAAAUCCAAGAAUUAUCAAGUAUGACGAUAUCGUAGAAGCUACGCAGCGGAUACGGCCUUUCGUAGCCAACACUCCUAUUAUGGCAGCACACACUCAACGGGAGUUUGGCAUUCACAUACAUUAUAAAUUAGAUUUCAUGCAGAAAAUGGGAAGUUUCAAGGAACGAGGCAUUUUGAAUGCCCUGCACCUUUUGCCAGCAGACAAGAAAAAGCUAGGAGUAGUGAUGGCAUCGUCAGGUAACGAAGGAGUAGCUCUGAGCUACCACGCAGCGAAAAUGAAUAUCCCAGUUAUUGUGAUACUACCCAUGUCCAUACCAAUUGAAAAGAUGCAAAGAUGUCAUUUAUUUGGAGCGAAGGUAAUAGUGCAAGGAACCAACUUGCAGGAGGCACAAAAAUACGCGCGCGCUCUGGCAAAAGACAAAGGACUUACGUUUAUUAAUGGACGUGAUCACCCACACAUCCUGGCUGGGUACGGUUCAAUGGCGCUGGAAAUAUUGGAAACCACGCCGUUUGUCGAUGCAGUGAUCGUGCCGGUGGGCUCUGGAGGAUUAGCCGCUGCUACUGCUACCGUCGUCAAACACCUCAAGCCCUCAGUACUCAUUUAUGGGGUGCAGCCUGAGGCAAUGCCGACAUUUUUUAACUCAUUGGAAAGUGAUGAACCAAUACAAUUGCCCCUACAAACCAACAUGGCGGAUGCUGUCAGUGUCAACAGCGUUGGAUGUAACGCAUUCGCAACUGCAAAACCUCUUCUAGACAAAAUGUUGCUCGUAAAGGAAGAUUGGAUCGCACGAGCAAUGCUGCAUUUGUUAGAGAGAGAAAAGUUUGUAGUAGAGGGCGCUGGAGCCUGCCCACUGGCCGCCAUCAUGGGAAACCUUGUUCCAGAAUUAAAAUGUAAAACUGUGGUCUGUAUUCUAAGCGGAGGUAAUGUUGAUAAUAUACUGCUGAACCGCUGCAUGGAAAGAGGAUUAGCCUCCGAAGGUCGAUUAGUUAUAUUUAGGGUCGGUGUACGUAACGACCCGAUAUCUAAAUCUAAUUUAAUGUCAUUAAUCUCAAGUGGAGGGUAUAAUAUUCAUCGUCAUUUUCAAGACAAUAGUUGGACAGAGGGUGAGGAAUACUAUGUCGAGAUGAAAAUGGUCUGCGAAGCGAAAGGUUUAGCACAUGCUUUAGAAUUAAAAAGGACUAUAGAACGAGUUUACCCAUGUACCUCCGUCUUCGAAAAUGAACCGUUCAAUGAUAAGAGGACUUGUCCUUGUUACAUAAAAAAAGCCUCGUAA